AAGUUUUACUUCUCCCUAGUACAGAGGUGUUUGCCAGCAGGCUGCACUCUCAGAAAUCAGACUCAAGUGACUGGGACCCUUGAGAUCACAGGCUUACCAUGCUACUCCCGAGGACGGCCAGGGACUGCUGACGUGACCACUGGACAGUGAUUUGUGACUCGUAUAGUUACAAAAAGAAUGGAUAAGCUUAAUAAAAUAACUGUCCCCGCCAGUCAGAAGUUGAGGCAACUUCAAAAAAUGGUCCAUGACAUCAAGAACAAUGAAGGCGGAAUAAUGAACAAGAUCAAAAAGCUGAAAGUCAAAGCACCUCCAAGUGUUCCUCGAAGGGACUAUGCCCCAGAGAGCCCAGCCGACGAAGAGGAGCAGUGGUCAGAUGACUUCUCAGACUGCUCUGCUGGAGGGGCGGCAAGGACUCCAGAACCCUCCCCAGUAUGCACACCAAUCCUCAGCCUCCAGACACACAGAGUUCAGCCACCCUCGGGGUUAGAUGCCCACACGUUUCCCCAGGAUACAGUCCAGGACAGCGAUUAUGAAAACCCAGACGAGCACUCGGACUCAGAGAUGUACGUGCUGCCAGCCGAGGAGGCCGGGGACGACAGCUACGAGCCGCCACCUGCGGAGCAGGAGACACGGACAGUUCACCCGGCCCUGCCCUUCACCAGGGGCGAGUAUGUCGACAACCGAUCAAGCCAGAGGCAGUCUCCACCCUUCAGCAAGACUCUUCCCAGUAAACCCAACUGGCCUUCGGCAAAGGCAAGACUGGCCACCUCUCUGCCAGCCAACACUUCACUGCAUAAACCUCAAGUCCCACCCAAACCCAAAGAGCUCCUUGAGGAUGAGGCUGAUUAUGUAGUCCCUGUGGAAGAUGAAGAUGAAAACUAUAUUCAUCCCACAGAAGACAGUUCAGCCCCAUCUGAAAAAGCUCCCAUGGUGAAUAGAUCAAUCAAGCCAAAUAACUCCUCAAGGUCAGCCUCUCCUCCAGGGACAGCUCCAGGUCGCAAGAGUGGAGCCUGGGACUCCAAGUCAACUUCUUUACCUGCUGCGCCAUCCCCACUGCCUAGGGCCGGGAAGAAAACAGCUAUGCCACUGAAGACAACUCCAGUUGCCUCUCAACAGAAUGCCUCAAGUGUUUGCGAAGAAAAACCUAUACCUGCUGAACGCCACCGGGGAUCUAGUCACAGACAAGAAAAUACGCAGUCACCGGUGUUUCCUCCUCCUGCCCCGAAGGCAGUUCAUCAAAAACCUAUACCUCUGCCAAGAUUUGCAGAAGGGGGAAGCCCAACUGUGGAUGGCCCACUACCCAGCUUUUCAUCUAACUCCAGUUUGUCAGAACAGGAAGCUGAUGUUCACUGUAAACCGUGGUAUGCUGGUGCCUGUGAUCGCAAGUCGGCCGAAGAGGCGUUAUACAGAUCAAACAAGGAUGGAUCAUUUCUUAUUCGGAAGAGCUCUGGCCAUGAUUCCAAACAGCCAUAUACAUUAGUUGUAUUUUUUAAUAAGAGAGUAUAUAAUAUCCCUGUGCGAUUUAUUGAAGCAACAAAACAGUAUGCUUUGGGCCGAAAGAAAACUGGUGAAGAGUACUUUGGAAGUGUUGCUGAAAUCAUCAAGAAUCAUCAACACAACCCCCUGGUUCUUAUUGACAGUCAGAAUAACACAAAAGAUUCCACAAGACUGAAAUAUGCAGUUAAAGUUUCAUAAAUUAAAAAACAUUUUUAAAAGAAAGUCAACAUCAUUGCUUCAGAUAUUUUCCCUACUUCCGCUUUUAAGGAAAAAGCCUCCAAGGUUCAUAUUUUGGAUUAUGAAUCAUCCAGUAAUAAAACAGAUGAGGAAGUUGUGGGUUUCCUUAUAAGAAGCUCACAAGGACUUGUCCUAUUGCCUGAAUUGAUGAACUGUUAAUAUCUGGUGAGGCUGAGAAUAUGCUAGCAAUAUUCUCCAAAUAAAUGUCUCUAUUAAAAAAAAAAA